AUGUCAUCCACCUGCUGCCAUCAUCUGGUAUCCACAAAUAAUACCGGUGGGAAUGGAGCCACUAAAACUACCACUGGCAUUCAUGGUUCACUUAUUCCUCAACCAGUCAACAAAAAGUCCCAUGUGACAAAGCAACUGACACCUCUGAAUGAUGCCCAGUCCCAACUACCCUCAAAGUCCAAAGCCCACCCUUGUUGUUUUUACUCGCAAGGCAAGACAUUGCCAGCAUGUUUGACAGCUUACAAGGAGGGGGAAAAUGAGGCAAUGGGAAUAUACACCACAAACAAAUUGUCAUCCACCGGAGGGGAAGCUAAUUACCAUGAUGACAAUGACAAUUAUGCAGAAGAUGGGUACUAUCAUACUGAAGAUAACAAUGCUGCACAGAAUGAAGAUGAUAUUGUGCAAGGACUGGACAAAGGCAAUUUAGAAAAGGCAGAAUCACUUGCAAGAGUAUUUGGCAAGUUUUGUUGUGAUAUCCUUAUUGCUGCUGGAUUUUCUGCCAAAGUGUCAAGAGGUGAAAAUAGGGCCAACAUGUUCUGCUGCUGGUUCCGGGCAACUCAGGAAAAGCCUUCACAAAAAUAUAGACAAAUCCCAGAAGGGGAUAAAGGAAGGGAUUAUCCUUAG